AUGGAAUCCUUAAUUAUUUGUUUCCUUACCUUUGCUUUAUUAUUUCACUCAUCAAAAGCUCAAAACUCUCCCCAGGAUUAUCUUAACCCUCACAAUGAAGCUCGAAGACAAGUUGGUGUCGGUCCUAUGACAUGGGACAAUAGGCUAGCAGCCUUUGCCCAAAAUUAUGCCAAUCAAAGAAUUGGGGACUGUAGGAUGCAACACUCUGGUGGCCCUUACGGUGAAAACCUAGCUGCCGGUUUCCCCCAGCUCAACGCGGCUGGUGCAGUGAAGAUGUGGGUGGACGAGAAGCAAUGGUACGAUUAUAAUUCGAAUUCUUGUCAACCUGAUAAAGUAUGUGGCCACUAUACUCAAGUAGUCUGGCGUAACUCAGUACGCCUUGGUUGUGCUAGGGUCCGGUGCAAUAACGGGUGGGAUUUUAUAACUUGCAAUUAUGAUCCACCAGGUAACUGGAACGGUGAACGUCCUUUCGGUGAUCUUGAAGAGCAACCAGACUUUGAUUCCAAAUUGGAACUUCCAACUGAUGAUCAUGAAUAAAUUAAUUAACUGGAGUUUAGGUGAAAAUAUGGGUCGAUCGUUUGAAUAAUUGCUUUGUUGGUUUAUUUUUACUGCUCUUCUUGUUUUACAAUUUGGUGUUACGUGUGUGGUGUACGUGUGCACCUGUUUAACUGAAUAAAUAAAAUUUGGAAAGUUGAUGAGUAACUAUAA